AGGCGCUGGCGGACUGCCCGCCCGCCCGCCGCGCGGGUGAAAGAUGCAUCAUGGAGCGCGCCCGCGCCGUGGACGCCGUGGAGACCGUGGAGACCGUGGGGACCGUGGACGCGCGUUCCCGGGGCCGCCGCCGGCCCCCCGGAGACCCCCGGCUGCAACCCUGUGGCUGCAGCUGGCGCUGUGCCUGGGCCCCGCGCAGCUCACAGUCGGGCUGGAUGACCUGCGCGUGUGCGCCGACCCCGGCGUCCCCGAGAACGGCUUCCGCUCCCCCGGGGAGGGCGUCUUCUUCGAGAGCUCCGUGACGCGGUUUCACUGCCAGGACGGCUUCAGGCUGAAGGGCGCCACGAAGAGGCUGUGCGCGGAGCAGCCCGACGGGACGCUGGCCUGGGUGCCCGGCGACAGGCCGGUCUGCGUGCAGGAAGGUUGCCGCAUCCCUCAGAUUGAAGAUGCUGAGAUCCACAACAAGACAUACAGACAUGGAGACAAACUGACCAUCGCCUGUCACGAGGGAUUCAAGAUCCGCUACCCCGACCUGGACAGCGGGACUUCGCUGUGUCUCGAGGACGGCACGUGGGACAACCUGCCGCUCUGUCGAGGCUGCCUGAGGCCUCUGGCCUCCUCCAAUGGCUACGUGAACAUCUCCGAGUCUCAGAGCUCCUUCCCCGUGGGGACUGUGAUCGCCUACCGCUGCUUCCCGGGGUUCAAGCUCGAGGGGGCUGAGUAUCUCGAGUGCUUGCACAACCUGAUCUGGUCAUCCAGCCCACCCCGGUGCCUUGCUCUGGAAGCCCAAGUCUGCCCACUGCCUCCCACGGUGAGUCAUGGCGAUUUCAUCUGCCACCCACGGCCUUGCGAGCACUACAACCACGGCACGGUGGUGGAGUUCUACUGCGACCCCGGCUACAGCCUCACCAGCGACUACAAGUACAUCACCUGCCAGUACGGGGAGUGGUUCCCUUCCUACCAGGUCUACUGCAUCAAGUCCGAGCAAACGUGGCCUGGCACGCACGAGACCCUCCUGACCACCUGGAAGAUCGUGGCGUUCACAGCGACCAGUGUGCUGCUGGUGCUGCUGCUCGUCAUCCUGGCCAGGAUGUUCCAGACCAAGUUCAAGGCCCACUUCCCACCCAGGGGACCCCCCAGGAGCUCCAGCAGUGACCCUGACUUCGUGGUGGUGGAUGGUAUCCCCGUCCUGCUGCCAUCCUACGACGAAGCCGUGAGCAGUGGCGCCAGUGCCUUAGGCCCCGGGUUCCUGGCUGCUGUGGGCCCGGGCUGCCCUGUGCCCGUGGAUGACCUGAGCCCCCCCGCCUACCCCGGGGACGAGGACAUGGGCACAAGGGACUCAUCAGAGACCUAUGACAGAGCCUCAGGCUCCUCUGAGCUGAUCCAGAGUCUGUGCCCGCCUCCCCCAAGCCAGGCAUGUGCCUGCCCCGCCCUCGAGGACCCUGCUGCGGCAGCUGGCACCAGGGAAGCAGCGUCUACCAGCCCAGGCAUCGACAUCUCGGACGAGAUCCCUCUGAUGGAAGACGGUCCCUAGGGGCGGAGGCCCGAUGACGCCACUGCCCCUCUGGGAAGGCACCAGGAUCUGCAGAGCAAGGCUGCCCACGGACAGAGCCCGGGCGCGGGGCACUGUCUAAUGCAUCUACGUGGGGCGCGACUCCGCGGCCCACCUGACUCGCUGCCAGGCCGCUGCUGUUCAACCAGAGUCGGGGAGGUGCCAGGACCGGUGGGGUUCGAAGCCCAGGGUCCCCGAGCUGUCGGGCCGGCGCGGGGCGGGCCCACUCCACACGCCCGCCGCUCACCCUGCGGACUGGAGCCCCGCCGAAGCAUGUCCGCUCACAUGGUGUACAUUUGCUGUCCACGUCCGCCUGGCCGCCGGGAGCCAUGCCGCGCCGCCCGGGGGUGCAGGCGCUCGCCCCUCCCGGGGGCCCCCUCUGCCCGCGCGGGGAGGACGGAGGGGGCUGCCGCCUUCAGAGCGGCGUCUGCGGCUCCGGCCUCCGCCCCUCCCGGGGGCCUUGUCCGCGGCCCGCUCCAAGACGGAACCAGGCUUUAUUUUCCAAGACAGAAAUUGUCUCGGAAACAUAUUCUGCCUCCAAAGACGCGUGAAGCUGAGUGGCUCCUUCUCCCCCUUUCCCGCGUCCUGCAGAAUGGGCGGGCCUGUCCCCGCCGCGCCGACCUCGGCCCCUGACCGGCACCCCCUGGGUCACAGGCCCCAGCCGAGCGCCUCCCGCCCGCGCUGCGCUGCGGGGUCGGUCCCUUCCCUCCCCCGGCUUUUAGAACUCGGAUCCGUAACUUCCGAGCGGGCACCCGCGAGGCCCGAGCUCCAUCAAGUCUUAUUUUUUCUCGACACAGACAGAUUAAAAAUUAAAAAGGAAA